GUCUACUUCUACAAGUAGUUAGUAACUCAUGUUGUUGUUGUUUCUUCCAGGCAACCUUCAAAGGCUGGAUGGACAUCAUGUAUGCAGCGGUGGAUUCACGAGCCGUGGAGGAGCAGCCUAUCAAGGAGAUCAAUCUCUACAUGUACCUGUACUUUGUCAUCUUCAUCAUCUUCGGCUCCUUCUUCACCCUCAAUCUCUUCAUCGGUGUCAUCAUCGAUAACUUCAACCAGCAGAAGCGAAAGUUAGGAGGACAGGACAUCUUCAUGACGGAGGAGCAGAAGAAAUACUACAACGCCAUGAAGAAACUCGGCUCCAAGAAACCUCAGAAGCCCAUCCCCAGACCUACGAACUCUCUGCAGGGCUUCUUCUUCGACCUGGUGGCCAAGCAGGCGUUUGACAUCAUCAUCAUGGUGCUGAUCCUGCUGAACAUGAUCACCAUGAUGGUGGAGACGGACGAGCAGUCGCCCCAGAUGGAGUACAUCCUGAACAACAUCAACCUGGCCUUCAUCAUCAUCUUCUCCUUCGAGUGCCUGGUCAAGAUCGUGGCGCUGCGCUGCUACUUCUUCACCGUCGGCUGGAACAUCUUCGACUUCGUGGUCGUCAUUCUCUCCAUCGUCGGUAUCGUGCUUGCUGACAUUAUUGAGAAGUACUUUGUGUCGCCGACGCUGUUCCGAGUGAUUCGACUGGCCCGUAUCGGACGGGUUCUGCGUCUCAUCAGAGGCGCUAAGGGCAUCCGGACGUUACUGUUCGCCCUCAUGAUGUCCCUCCCCGCUCUCUUCAACAUCGGGCUGCUCCUCUUCCUCGUCAUGUUCAUCUACGCCAUCUUCGGCAUGGCCAACUUCGCCUACGUGAAGCGACAGUCGGGGAUCGACGACAUGUUCAACUUUGAGACUUUUGGGAACAGCAUGAUCUGCUUGUUCCAGAUCACCACGUCGGCCGGCUGGGACAGCCUGCUCAGCCCCAUUCUCAACAACUCCCCUGAGGAGUGCAACGCCAACAUCCCCCACACCGGCACAACCGUGCGCGGGAACUGCGGGAACCCGUCGGUGGGCAUCACCUUCUUCGUCACCUACAUCAUCAUCUCCUUCCUCAUCGUGGUGAACAUGUACAUCGCCAUCAUCCUCGAGAACUUCAGCGUGGCCACAGAGGAGAGCACCGAGCCGCUGAGCGAGGACGACUUCGAGAUGUUCUACGAGGUGUGGGAGAAGUUCGACCCCGAGGCCACGCAGUUCAUCGAGUACGCUAAGCUGUCGGACUUUGCCGACUCGCUGUCGGAGCCGCUACGCAUCAGCAAGCCCAAUAAGAUCAAGCUGAUCUCCAUGGACCUGCCUAUGGUCAGCGGGGACAAGAUCCACUGCCUGGACAUCCUCUUCGCCUUCACCAAGCGCGUGCUGGGCGAGUCGGGCGAGAUGGACGCGCUCAAGCAGCAGAUGGAGGAGAAGUUCAUGAUGGCCAACCCAUCCAAGAUCUCCUACGAGCCGAUCACGACGACUCUGAGGCGGAAACAGGAAGACGUCUCGGCCACGGUGAUCCAGCGAUGCUACCGCAGACACCUGGUGAGGCGGCAGCUGAAGGCCGCCUCCUACAUGUACCGCCAGAUCACCACGCCGCGGCACGCUGGCGAGGAAGACGGCGGCGAGGAAAUGUUCGGGGAGGACGCGCCGGAGAAGGAAGGGCUCAUCGCCGCCAUGAUGAGGGAAAACUACGGCUCCAGUUUGUUAGCGAUCGAGCACUCCGAGACAGUUUCCUCCACGUCGUCACCACCGUCAUACGACAGCGUGACGCGAGCCACAUCGGAGAUAUUUCACCCGCUCGCCGCCAAGACAGAAUCGAUAGCUGCCGACACGGCAGGCAGCGAAGCGAGCGAACAAUCCCCGUCGUUGGCCGGCCCUGACGGACGGCAGGAAAGUGUACCAUAGCGGGAACCAAAAAGCAAAAAAAAAUUAACAAAUACAGAUGAACUCGUGAUGGGUGACGCCUGUUUGUUCUUUUGUUUACUGAAUGUACCACUGAGGGGCCGCGGAGAGAAGCUAUGACUAUGAGCAAGGAACUGCGGGAGGAUUCGAGCGAAGGAGCAAAACAAAUUGGAAUAUUUACUACCUUUAAUGUUACGUCCUGUUCCCUGCAGGGAGAUUCCUGGACUUAACGUUUUCCAGAGUUUCUUAAAGGGAAGCAGAAAAACUGCAAAGACGGAAAGAAGGAAACCUUCUCGUCUGCCUUUAUCAGAGUAAAAGACAGAAUCGUAGAUCCCUUUUCGACCCCUUGGGUCUCUCGUCGAGGGUUCAGGACACUGACUGACCUUUGACCUCAGCUACAAAAACAACUAUAUCAGAUGUAUCUAUCAUUUAUUGGCCUGGAG